UCUACUUGACAUUAGUUAGGUUAAGUUAUUUGUUUAUAUUUUAAUAUUUUAAUUUUAAACAUUUUGUUUUUUUUCUAGUUUACUUGUAAAUCCAGAUAAUCCUUUUAAAUCUUUGCUAAGUCCAUAAAAAUAGUAUAUAGUACAGUAUUUACAUAUAUUUUUUAAACUAAUACUAAUGUCGCAAUGUUGUUUCAAUGACCUAUCCACAGAACUAUUAAUUUACAUUUUUAACUUCCUGGAGAUUCCUGAUUUAAGUCGGCUGCGGCUCACAUGUCGAAGGUUUUAUGACGUUAUUAAUGCCUGGGAUAACGUCUUAAUUAAAACUACUACUGUAGUUACUAAUCAAAUUAAUGAGACAUUCUUAGCUCGAUGUGGCCGAAAAAUUCCCACUAAAUUAGAAAAAUUGCGCUUACAAUACAAUUGGAAGAAUGGCAUUUAUAGUGAGAAGUCCCUAUUUUUUGUCAGAAAAAAAUACAUGCCCUGGUUGAAGUUAGAAAGGGAAACAUUAUGGUUUGGCCGGGGCUCUAAAAUAUACAAUUAUAAACGAACUAAGGAUAAUAUUAUAUUUAAUAAACCCAAUUUUGUACUAACACCACAGUAUAGACAUAGCUGUGUAAAUGUGGGGUUUUCAUCUUUUGAUGUUACUAGAUUUACUGUCAGGGGUAGCAUUCUGGCUGCAGGAUUGAGUGAUGGAGGAGUAUAUGUUCAAAAUCUAAAUAACAAAUAUGACUUGUACAUAGAUAAACCAGAACCAACAUUUACUUCUGCUGUAGAUAUUUCUCCAGAUGGGCUUGUAGUUGCUAGUGCAAUGAGAAAUGACUGUUUCAAAAUAUUUUCUUUACAUAGGGAUCCUUUAGAAUUAACUUUAAUACACACCCAAGACUUGGGACAAAGAGCUUGGUGUGUAUCAUAUAAUGAAAAUCAACCAUUAUUUGCUUGUGGCACUUCAGCUGGGUGUGAUAAUAGAAAAUCUGUUUGGAUUUAUGAUGCUGAAAGAUACACAGAACUGAUGAAUCUAAAGUUGGGGCAUUACAUUUCAGCUACUUUAGAUAUUAAAUGGGAAAGCCCUCAUUGUAUUUGGUCAUGUGGCAAUGAUAGUCAUUUAAGAAGAUGGGAUAUCAGAACAGGUCACUGUGUCCAAAAGUUUCAUGAUGCUUUUGGAGCGGGACUGUAUUGUCUAGACUUGGAUUACAAUAAUAGUGUCAUGGUUGGAACAUAUCUUCAUGCAAGGGUGGCUUUAUGGGAUAUUAGAACAAACAGAUGUGUACAGCUUUAUUUCAUGAGGACAUUCAAAGGCGAUACUGUAAAUUCUCCAGUUUAUAGUUUAUCUUUUGAUUCAGAGUAUUUAUUUGCUGCAGUGGAUCAAAACCUAAAUAUUCUCGAUUUUAAUGUUUAUGAUGGACAAAAACGGGACUAUGUGAAAAUGUUUGUACCAUCAAUAUUUUAAACAAAUUUAUGUAGUGAAGUUCAAUAUGAAUUUUAGGCUAUGCUGGGCUGAUUAGGAGAAGUGAAAAAGGUGAUAGAAAAAUACCGAAAAUCUUUUUAGUUUUAUUGUAAUAUAUAUAUUUUUUUGUCAAUAAAUUAAGUCUUAAUACA